GUAUGCCAAUGUCAUGAAAAUAUUAAAAGCAAAGGGAAUUAUCAGUGUAGAAUCAGAUAUACCAUCCUUAUUUGUCAAAUUUAUGUUCAAUGAAAAGUGUAAUACACUUAAUUUUAAUCUUUAUGUAUAUGCGAAAUAGGACCAAUCAUUCUUAUAAGUUGUUUAAUAAUAUAACAUGAAGUUAACUUGAAGAAUUUCUUGAGACAAACUGUUGGUUUACCGAUAUUGCGAUGUUCUCAAGAGGAACUAAAGUGCAUUCAUCAAGUUAUUCCAGAAAGUUCGAAAGGAAACCACUGUCAGAUACACACAAAACGUUUCUUAGUUAUGGACACGACUGUACCUUAGAAGACAUAGCUGAUAACUACGAUUAUGACUAUGCUCCAGGGAAAUCUCUCUUCUCUAGACUCAGACGAUGGUUAGUUAAAAUGAGAGUGGUAUCUGAAAGUAGUAAAUUUUAUACGCAUCACCUGCGAAGUUUUGGAGCUAUAUCAGCUGAAAGAAGAAGACAUUUAAAGAAACACCCAUACGCGAUUCAUCCUUUUAGUACGGGGAGGGUAGUUUGGGCAAUUAUUAUGAUUAUAGUGAUAACGUAUCAAUUCAUAUUCACCUCAUUUUUGUAUCUCCUCUUUGAUUUUCGUGAUCCAAACUAUUCAUUUCCUGAUACCAUUAAUAUAUUAAGAUUAAUAUUUGAUUCGUUUUUAAUGCUGAAUGUGGUGCUGAACUGCUUCACUGGGUAUUACAACGAGCCUAUGCAGAAAGUGGUGUUAGAUGGGAGGUCAAUUAUGAAAUAUUAUUUAAGUACAAAUCUAAUUCCGGAUCUUUUAUCUUCAUUUCCUUUUUAUCUUGAUAUUUUUGUUCCAAUGUGCACCCAACAUAAGGCCAUCGUAUUGUGGCUUACACUAUUUCGAUAUCUACUUGCUAGAUCUUUUAUGUCGUAUUCUAAAAUUAUAGCUAGCUAUUUUCAAAUCAGACAUUUUAAAUAUAUGACAACGAUGGUGAUAGUUAAUACCACACUUUUUUGGCAUAUUAUGUGUUGUGUCAUCGAAUUUAUUAGAGCUAACAUCAUUUACUAUACACGAUUUGAGGCGUUUUACGAUAAAUCAGAAGAAGGAUACUUUAUCAAUGAUAACUUUUGGAUUAAAUAUAUCAAUGCUCUCCAUCACAAAUCGUUACUGCUCUAUAAUUCCGGAUACGGCAAAGUAAUACCAAAAGCAGAAUUGGAAAUAAUACUAGUUUUCCUCGUUUGGUAUGGAUCAAGUCUAUUUUGUAUCUACAUCCUAGCUAUGAUAAUGGAAAUAAACACUGGAAAUACUUCAUCUAUAUUAAAAUAUGAUGCUAUGGAACGGCAAUUGAAGGAAUAUAUGCGUCACAAGCAGCUACCGUCACAAAUGAGGUCUCGCAUUUUAACAUAUUACGAGUUUAAGUUCCAGAAAAAAUAUUUUAGAGAAAACGAAAUAUUAGCGACGAUAUCAGAACAGCUCAGGCAAGAGAUGAACAUGCAUGCUUGCAAGAAGUUGGUUGAAAACGUAACGUUUUUUAGGAAUCUUCCACUAAAUCUUCUAGUUCGAAUAAUAUCAUGCUUGAAGAUAGAGGUAUAUCUCGUCAAUGACUUAAUAAUCAGAGUUAAUACGCCAGGAACAAGCAUGUAUUUUAUUUCGACUGGUACAGUGGCCAUAUACACCAAGACCGGCAAAGAGGUUUGUCAUCUGGAAGAUGGGGCUCAUUUCGGAGAGAUCGCUCUUUUAAAGAAAAACACAUUUCGUAUAGCAUCUGUGGUAGCGGUGGAAGUGUCAGAAAUUUAUAGGUUAGAUCAGAAAGAUUUUGUUAAAGCAAUAAAUCCAUAUCCUGACCUUUUAGCCAGUAUUCAACAUAUUGCGGAAGAAAGAAUGGAAGUGACUUCGAUGUUGGAUGAAUCUAAUAAGAGGGACGUGAUUUCAAGUCAACUCAAACGAGAAUUUUAAAUUGAUAAGAUCAAUAUUAUAUUUUAAUUAAAUGUAGAAAUAUAU